GGCGCCCCGCACCAAGAUGGCCGCUGCCUCGGUCCGCGCGGCCGCCGCGAGACGGCCGUUGGUGGGCAUGCUCCCUGAGUGCCUCGCACCGGCAUGGCUGCCGCCUUCGCGCGAGUGACUGUAAUUCUCGGCUUCCGGCCCUAGCCAGUCAGCGCUCAUUUCCCUGCUGGAAGCUUGGCGGAGCCCGGGAGAGCUGCGGGGUGAACGUUGAGAGGGACCGGCGAGCAUCCGCUCCGCCUCCUCACGGAGAAGAUGGCCGAGGGCGAGCGGCAGCCGCCGCCAGAUUCUUCAGAAGAGACCCCUCCAGCUACUCAGAACUUUAUCAUUCCAAAAAAGGAGAUCCACACAGUUCCAGAUAUGGGCAAAUGGAAGCGCUCUCAGGCAUAUGCUGACUACAUUGGCUUUAUCCUUACCCUCAAUGAAGGUGUGAAGGGGAAGAAGCUGACCUUCGACUACAAAGUCUCUGAGGCCAUCGAGAAGCUGGUGGCACUUCUUGAUACGCUGGAUAGGUGGAUUGAUGAAACCCCGCCAGUGGACCAGCCUUCCCGGUUUGGGAAUAAAGCCUACAGGACCUGGUAUGCCAAACUUGAUCAGGAAGCAGAAAACUUGGUGGCCACAGUGGUCCCCACCCACCUGGCUGCUGCUGUGCCUGAAGUGGCAGUUUACCUGAAGGAGGCUGUGGGGAACUCCACACGAAUUGACUAUGGCACAGGGCAUGAGGCUGCCUUUGCUGCUUUCCUCUGUUGUCUCUGCAAGAUUGGUGUACUCCGGGUGGACGACCAGGUGGCUAUUGUCUUCAAGGUGUUUGAUAGGUAUCUUGAGGUUAUGCGGAAGUUGCAGAAGACAUACAGGAUGGAGCCUGCAGGCAGCCAGGGCGUAUGGGGUCUGGAUGACUUCCAGUUCCUGCCCUUCAUCUGGGGCAGUUCACAGCUCAUAGACCACCCCCACCUGGAGCCCAGACAUUUCGUGGAUGAGAAGGCGGUGAGCGAGAACCACAAGGACUACAUGUUUCUCCAGUGCAUCCUGUUCAUCACUGAGAUGAAGACUGGCCCCUUUGCGGAACACUCCAACCAGCUGUGGAACAUCAGUGCUGUCCCCUCCUGGUCUAAAGUGAACCAGGGCCUCAUUCGAAUGUAUAAGGCAGAGUGCCUGGAGAAGUUUCCUGUGAUCCAGCACUUCAAGUUCGGGAGCCUGCUGCCCAUCCAUCCAGUCACAUCAGGCUAGGAGAGGCUGAACUACCAGAGCCACCCUGGCCAGGUUCCUGUGCUCUCUGUGACCCAGCACCCCUCCCACCCACCUUCUGUUCUUUCUGUUUGAUGAGAGGCUGUUUACUGAGAUGGGUGCUAAGCAGGGCCUGAGUUGGGGGAAUUGACCAGUGUGUCCAGUUUUUGACUGUCCUCCGUCUGGUGGCCGAGUAAAAAGAGAGGGGCCUGGACGUGGUCCCCGGCCCAGCCCAUCCCUGUGCUCCUGAUUCCUCCCCCGCUCAGGCCCAUGUGGAGGAGACAAGGACACCCUGCUCUUGUCAUUGCUCCCCCUUUCCUCCCCAUGGUGUAAUGGCUCCCUCAUUAAGAGCAGGAGUUCCGUGCCUCCAGGGCCGGCUGGUGGGUUCCCCGCUAGCCAUGUUCUACUGGGUAUCCGCUAUGGAGCUGGAGGGAAAGGCUGUCAUCAGCUGUGGGGAGGGCUGGGAUGGGGGGUGGGUGGUUUGUAGGGGCCAUGGAUGGUGAGGCUGGUCUUCUCAAGGUACCAUCCUAGGCCCUGGGGGACCUGUGUCCAUCCUCAUGCUGGCUUUGUUCCCUGGCCCUUGGCUUUGCUAGGUUUCCUGACUGUUAACACUCCCCUUCCUGGGGAUAGCCUAGCUAUGGAAGCUGCCCUGGGCUUGCUUGGGUGAGAUCUGACUUUCCAGAACUGUCUGUCAAGCAGGGAGAGGGAGACUCCGGGAGGCAGUAGGACUGUUGUGUCUGUGGAGAACCUAGUUUUCUCCAGUCAGUCUCAGGCCUGCUGUCUGCUGCCUCUGCCUGCUGAGUGUCUGAAGCUUCACCCGAGGCCUUGGCUUGCUGCUCCGCUCCCUUGGGUCGGUUUGUGGCUUGUGUGGGAGAGCAAAGAAGGUAGCAACCCCCUCCUCCCGCUUCCCUCUGUGAGAUGAGGGAAGUGCUGGCCUGGGCCUGGGCAUAGACUCAGAAUGAGUAGGGCUGCUAAGGGGACCUAGCCACAGUCACCAGUUUUCUCCCAGCGUGUGGCUGAACUGGUACCUGCAGGCUUUCCUGUCCCACUUGGGCCUGCCCUUCUUCACUGCCCAUCCUGUGUUUGUGCCCGCUUAGCUUUGUGGAGUGGACACUGAGAAGCACAACUCAGGGGCUUGGCCAGGAAUUAACUAUGGUCUGGGCAGAGCGGGGAUUGAAGUCAUCAGAGUCAUGGGCAGUUCCCCAGGAAAGACCCAGUGCCAGCUUCCUUCCAGGGCCAGGCCACUGCCUUCCUGGCUCCCUUCCCUGUCCCUGUGUCCCCAGCCCUGCGCCUUCCUUGCUGUUUGGAUUAAAGCCUCUGUUUUACACCUGU